AUGAAGCCCUCGAGCCUCCCAGGCGCUCGGUCACCGCGCCUAAGUGGGCGCGGGCAGAGUCGCCACCGCCUACCGCCAGGCCGCCUCCGAACAGGAAGCCGUGCGCCGGCCGCGGAGGCCCGCCCCCAUGUAGCGACGAGCCCGCCGGCCCCAGCGACUGGAGCGAGGGGCGGGGGAAGGCGGGGGAAGGGCGGGGAAGCGGGGCAGCCUCUGCAGAGAAGCUGCGCCUCCACAACGGAUCAGAGGCCGCUUCGGCAAGCAGCCGCAGCGUCCAUGUUGACGGCCCAAAGCGGAAGUCGUUAGGCAAAACGGAAGGGGAACCUGCAGGGGGACUUCCGACAGCAACCUGUGCUUUUUCUCCGGCUAUCCGGCGCCGUGACGCUUGGGGGCGCGUGGGAGUGAGGCGGGGCCGACGCGCAGGCCGGGAAAGCGGAAGCGGGGGCCGCGCGUCACCGGAAGCGGGUGUGAGGGCGGAGCCGGCAACGUCACCGCGGACGUCAGUAGUUGCCCCGCCCUUGCCCUCGCCGCCCUUCGGUGCUUAAAAGGCUCCAAUUUACUCUGAGGGCACAGCCUCUGGAAUCAGACCACUUAGGUUAAAAUCCUAGCUUGACCACUUACCAUCUGAAUGCUCUCCAGCAAGUUAUUUCAAUUCUUGGGUCUCAAAUUCCUCAUCUGUAAUAAUAGUAUUUACCUCAGAGGAUGAUUGUGAAGAAUUAAUGAGUUAACAUUUGCAAACAAUUCAUCCACCCUUCACCUGCCCUGUGCCUAGGAGGCAUACUUCUUUGGACUCCACUAACAGGCUCCUGUGCCCUCUGGCUUCCAGCUUCCUGCUGCUGUCAGCAUUCCCCCAGAACAUUUCUUCACCGCCGCCCCAGCAGCGCCUUUCGUUGUCUGCAGCUGAAUCCGGUUCGUCGUUUUCUAGGAUUCACAAAACCAGACUUAUCCCACCCCCAUCAGCAACACCAGCAUGAGGUUAUGCAAUGGUCUCUGCAAGAUGGUUUAUUCUUGAAUUGGAGCUUUUUAAGACUGACAAAUGCUGGUACUUCAUCUUCUAUAAGUGGACUAUAAUUUCUUUUCUC